AUGCAACUCUCCACUCUCCUCCCUUUACUCGCUCUCUUGGCCACUUCCACUCCCACCUUGGCCUCGACUCACCGACGACACUCUGCAAAAGCUGUUGAUCACGCUCGAGCCGUCGGGAGAUUAGCUACUGCCGUCGAGAGGAGACAACCUGUCGGUGAGGUAGCGAAACCCAAGAGGAAAGUCGUCAGAAAGAGAGGAACGACAUGUAGAGCCAAGACCACGGCAUCUUCUGAAGCUCAAGCUGCAGCUACUACUACCUCGCAAGCUGCUGCUACUGCUGCUGAGACCAGCAGUACUUGGGUCGAACCUGCUGAGAACUAUACCAACGGAACUAACACUUCUCAAGCUGCACAAGACUCUUCAAGCGCAACUUCCACUUCAGCUGCUGCCGCUGCUACCACCUCUGCUUCAUCAAACUCGACAAGUACUACGGGGCAAUACACUCCCAACGGAAAGAAAGCUGGUAUUGCUGGUGGAGACGCUUACGACCAGUGUGAAGAUUACAUCGGAUGGUGGUAUGAUUGGUCUGCCAAUCCAUCAGGACACUCUGGUACACCGAUCGCCGUACCGAUGUUAUGGGGUGCUGGAACAGUCGACAGUACCGAUGCAUCUCGAUUGUCCGUAUUCGAAGCUAUCACCACCGCUCCUCAAUACAUCAUGGGUUUCGAGGAACCUGAUUGUUCCACAUGGGGAAGUGCCAACAUCGAUGUCUCUACCGCCGCUGGUCUAUGGAACUCAUUGAUCGGUCCAUUCAAAGCUAAAGGAUCCACUUUGAUCUCACCAUCAAUGUGUCAUCAAGCUGCCGAACAAUAUAUAGGAUGGUUGGCAUCAUUCGAAAAGCAAAUUUCCGUCUCUUGGGAUAUCACCAACAUCCACGUUAACAAGAACAACAUGGAUGGUGUUAAAGCCGAUAUCGAUUACUACUGGAACACUUUCGGUAAACCCAUCUGGGUCACUGAAUUCGCCUGUGUGGACGAUUCGACCGAUUUCGUCCCUUGCACGGAUCAAAGCGAGAUCAACACCUACAUCAACGAGAUUGUAGCUUUGUUCGAAGCGGAUGAAAGAGUACACGCUUAUGCUUAUUCGAAUGGCGAUGGUUUGGGCGAUGUUUGGCCUAUGUACAAGAAUGGUGCAUUGAGUGAAUCCGGUCAAACUUAUGUCACCGCCAUUUCGAAUGUACAGCAUUAG